CGGGGCCGGGCGGAAACCCCAUGUCCACGGCCGGAAGGCCGAGAAGCCGACUGCACGAAUUCGCCCUAGGCGUGCCUUUCCCGUCCACCUUGGAGGCGGAGAUCGCCCGUGGGUCCCUGGCCCCAGAUGCCGAACCCCACCGAGGGGCGGUUCGGAAGGAGCUCGCAGUCAGCGGCAGCCUCCUGGCGGUCCGCUGGAGAGCUGAAGAUUCCCGCCUCCUGCGAAUUUCCAUCGUCAACUUUCUGGACCAGCUAGCUCUGGUGAUGCGGACCCUGCAGCGCUUUGGGCCCCCUGUUUCCCGCUAAGCCAGGGAGGGGGAAGGAGGUUAAGGUCAAACCUUGUGUCCCUUCCUAGACAGCGCAUCCUUCCUAGGGGGGUGACCCCCACAGUAGUAGCCACUUCACUGUGGGGCCUCCUCUUUUGCCUGUACUGGCGCUUGGGCGCUCAGGGUCCCCUUGGUUGGUUUGGUGCUUAAAUGCUUAUUAACUACAGAAAAUAACACUGAGCUAUGAUGCUGUGUCUGAAUUCGUUUUCAACUGUGGCACCUCCAAAUGUUCCUGCCUUUGUCCUCUGGUUGGAGGGGAGGUUCUGGGACCCAGAUUUUCAAAUAGCACAACGUAAUUGAAGACAGUUUAAGAUGUGGAAGAAGAGACGUCCUGUCACUCAGUAUUAACUACUGUCACCAUUUUGGAACAUUUCCUUAGUUUUAUAGUCGUAUUUAUAUACCAAAUGUAUAACAGUAAUAUAUAUUUUGCAAGCUUAGCAUUUUUCCUGAUAUUUUUCAUCUAACGUGAACUUUUUUCCCUAACAAUUCUUCGAAAGCAUUAUUGAAGGGAUACGUAAAAGAUAACAUUAUUGAGCAUUUAAAUCACUGUCAAUUUUUGACAUAUUAUAAGUAAAGAUUCAGUGGAAUUCUUGUGUAUAAA